AUGUUGCUACAGAAACUGCUUCUGCGGAUCCUGUCCGUCCUGUGUGGCACUAAUGUCUGCUUGGGAUACGUCUACGGCCGACCCAAACGCUCCGGAGAAGAGGGGUCUACAGCCAAGACAGAGUCUCGCUCUGCGUCCUCCAGCGUGGCUCUCUCCGGCUCCUGCAGGAGCAGGUGUUUUGAGUUGGUUGAGGCGGAGCCGCCGUUGUGUCGCUGUGACAACCUGUGUAAGACCUACAACAGCUGCUGCUCGGACUUCGACCAGCUCUGCCUCAGGACAGAGGGGGGGUACGAGUGCAGUAAGGAUCGCUGCGGGGAGACUCGUAACGAACAACAUGCCUGCCACUGCUCUGAUGACUGUCUGGCCAAAGGAGACUGUUGUACCAACUACAAGACUCUGUGUAAAGGAGACAGCUCCUGGCUGCAGGACGAGUGUGAGGACAUCAAGACACCUGAAUGUCCUGCUGGGUUUGUGCGUCCACCACUCAUCAUGCUGUCAGUGGAUGGAUUCAGAGCUUCUUACAUGAAGAGGGGCUCCACUGUCAUACCGCACAUUGAGAAGCUCAGGUCAUGUGGUACCCAUGCUCCAUACAUGAGACCGGUUUACCCCACCAAAACUUUCCCGAACCUCUACUCACUGGCCACGGGUCUUUAUCCAGAGUCUCAUGGGAUCAUCGGCAACUCCAUGUACGACCCGGUGUUUGAUGCCACCUUCACGCUGAGAGGCAGAGAGAAACUCAAUCACCGCUGGUGGGGAGGACAGCCGAUCUGGAUCACAGCAGUGAAACAGGGAGUGAAGGCUGCCACCUUUUUUUGGCCAGUUGCCAUUCCAUUGGAGAGGCGGAUACUGACCAUGCUGCAGUGGCUCCACCUUCCCGAAGGAGAGAGGCCCUAUGUUUACGCCAUGCACUCUGAGCAACCAGACACAUAUGGACACAAAAUGGGACCAAUGAGCACAGAACUGAAUAAUCCUCUGAGGAUGAUUGACAGGAUUGUUGGACAACUAAUGGACGGCCUUAAGCAGAUGAAACUGCACCGCUGUGUCAACAUCAUCAUGGUGGGGGACCAUGGUAUGGAAGAGGCCGGCUGUGAGCGGACAGAGUUCCUCAGCAGCUACAUGACCAACAUUGAUGACAUCAUUCUCGUCCCUGGGUCACUGGGCAGAAUACGUUCCAGAUACCCCAACAACCCUAAAUAUGACCCAAAGGCUGUUGUUGCAAAUCUAACAUGUAGGAAAGCGGACCAGCACUUUAAGCCUUACUUAAAGCAGCACCUGCCAAAGAGACUGCACUACGCCAACAACCGGCGCAUCGAGGAGAUUCACCUGCUGGUGGAGAGGAAGUGGCACGUUGCCAGGAAAGUCCCCGAGGGGAAGAGGCACUGUGGCUUCUCUGGUGACCACGGAUAUGACAAUAAGAUCAACAGCAUGCAGACUAUUUUCUUGGGAUAUGGACCCACAUUUAAGUUCAAGACUAAAGUCCCAGCCUUUGAAAACAUUGAGCUUUAUAAUGUCAUGUGUGAUCUACUGGGUCUGAAACCGGCUCCCAACAACGGGACCCACGGCAGUCUGAACCACUUGCUGAGAAGCCCCACCUACAGACCCACCAUGCCCGAGGAGGUCUCCAGACCAACGCCCUCUGGCCCUGUUCCCACAGGGACAGACGACCUGGGCUGCACUUGUGAUGACAAGUUGCGUGUAAAAAGUAGGGGCCAGAGAGGUUUGAAAGUGACCCUUGUACGAGGCUAUAACCUGGAGUCACUCUGGCUCUGUCUCUUACAGAACAAAGUGGAGGAGCUAAACCAGCGAGUGAGGCAAGCUAUUGAUGACAGCAGGAACCUGCCGUACGGUCGGCCUGCAGUUCUCUUUCGUACCAAGUACUCCAUCCUGCACCACAGCGACUACAUCAGUGGCUACAGUGAGCCUCUCUCUAUGCCCAUCUGGACAUCAUACACUGUCAGCAAACAGGUAGAAGUGUCCCCCCUGCCUGAGGCCCUGACUAACUGUGUGAGACCUGACGUCCGCGUCCCCCCAGCCUUCAGCCAGUCAUGUACCAAUUACAGAGCAGACAAACAGAUCACCUAUGCCUUCCUGUACCCGCCUCAGCUGUCCUCUACCAUGGAUGGAAAAUAUGAUGCUGUUCUCAUCACCAAUACUGUUCCCAUGUACCCUGCCUUCAAGAGGGUAUGGGGUUAUUUCCAGAGGGCACUUGUGAAGAAGUAUGCAAAUGAGAGAAACGGGCUCAAUGUGGUCAUCGGACCCAUAUUUGACUAUGACUAUGAUGGCGUCAGGGACUCAGCUGAGAAGAUGAAACAGUAUGUAAGUGGUACGAUACCCAUCCCCACGCACUACUUUGUGGUCAUGACCAGCUGCCUGGACUUCACGCAGGCCGCUGACUCCUGCUCCGGCCCCCUGAGUAGCUCCGCCUUCAUCCUGCCGCACAGGCCCGACAACGACGAGACCUGCAACAGCUCUGAGGAAGAGUCCCGCUGGGUGGAGGACCUGAUGAGGAUGCACACAGCUCGAGUCAGAGAUGUGGAGCUUCUGUCGGGUUUGGACUUCUACCGCAGAACCACAAGGAGCUACCCUGAGAUCCUCUCCCUCAAGACCUACAUGCACACAUACGAGAGCGAGAUCUGA